GAGGAAGUCCGCAGUGCGCCGCUGACUGUGGCGUGACUCGCUCCCGGACUUAGCAGCGCGCGCGUAACGUCCAACGCCUGGGCGCCAACGGUCCCUGCCAACAUGGAAACGGGCCACCACAUGCUGCUGCGCAGCCACUCCAAGAAGCUGCUGGCGGAGCCCAAGUCGCUCAAGUCGCAGACGCAGCCCAAGCUGAGCCAGACGCUGGACGACGACGCCAUGGCCUCCUCCUCCUCCUCCUCGUCCAGCGACAAGCUGCACACGUUCGAGCGCCUGCACGCCGAGGGCUUCGCCUACCUGGCGGACAACUCGUACAUCCGCUCGGGCUACCGGCUGCACUACUCGGCCAAGGAGUGCUUCCUCUCGCUCUUCGAGCUGCACAACGAGACGCUCAACGUCUGGACGCAUAUGGUCGGCUCCUUCAUCUUCCUCAUGCUCAUGCUCUACCUGGCGCUCUCGGGCCACGCGCUGGCGCCCGCCGCCGACACGGCCGCGCUCGCGGGCCUCACUACCCCGCAGGCCUGGUGCGCCAACGGCCAGCCCUGGAUGGAGGCCGGCCACCACACGCCCAGGAUGCUGCUGGCCACAGGCGUGACCGAGCUCUGCCCGCCGCCCACGGGCCGCGUGGCCCCCGCCAAGUACUACGAGGUGGCCAGCGUCAUCUUCGACCACAGUCUGCACCGCCUGCCCAGUCUCGAGCGCUUCCACGCGCUCGUGGAGCAGAACGUGGGCGGCUUCUCGGACUCGGUGGGCGCCCAGAUGGAGCUGCUGCGCAGUGAGCUGGGCGCGCUGUCGGCGCGGCUCGGAGGACACGUGCGCGACGCCCACUCGGAGCAGGUGCGCUCGCUCAAGAUGCAGCUGGACCAGCGCGUCGAGUCUCUGUCGAUGUUCCUGCAGGACGUGGCCAGCCAGGUGGGCGCCGACCUGCCCAUGAAGUACGCGCUGGAGGAGCUGAACGGCGUGGCGGACAGCGUUCGCAACGGACUGCACAUCCUGGCGAGCGCGGAGGGCCCGCACGACGUUCCCCACUGGCCGAUCUUCGCGUUCAUGGCCAGCGCCGUCGUCUGCCUCACGUGCAGCGCCACGUUCCACCUCAUGUUCGUGAUCAGCCGACCGGCCUACAUGUUCCUGUCGCGGCUGGACUACGCCGGCAUCACGAUCCUGAUCGCCGGGUCCUUCUACCCCAUGAUCUACUACUCGUUCUACUGCCACCCGUGGCUGCGCACCGCCUACCUGGCGUCCAUCUCGACCAUGGCCGCGCUCACCUUCACUGUGGCGCUCAUGCCGGUGUUCAGCACGCCCAAGUUCCUCGUGGCGCGCACGUGCAUCUUCCUGGCGCUGGGCUUCUUCGGCGUGGUCCCGGUCACGCACCUGGUGUGGCACUUCGGGCUCUUCGACCCGCACGUGACAGUCAUGAUCGGGCCGCUGCUGCUCAUGGGGCUGCUCUACACGAGCGGCGCCAUCAUCUACGCCACCAAGUUCCCGGAGCGCUUCUACCCCGGGCGCUUCGACCUGUGGUUCUCGAGCCACCAGCUCUGGCACAUUUGCGUCGUGGCCGCCGCGCUCGUGCACUUCGCCAACGCGCUGCAGCAGUACGAGUGGCGCUGGAACACGCAGUGCGAAGCAUAG